AUGGAAAAACAACAAUCAAAUGCGAAACUAGACCAGUAUUCUAAAUUUAGAGCCAUAUCAUCAUUACGUUUUAUUAUCAUAGCUUCAAUAAUUAUAAUUUCAUCGAUAAUAUAUUAUUUAAAUUUAUAUCCUUUGGAAUUUAAAUUUAUACAUAAAUGUCAUAAUAAUCAUAACACUCAAAAUGAUUUAAUUAUAACUACUACUGUAUAUAAUGAUUCUUCAUUAGCUAAUUAUACUAUUAAAUCAAUAACCUUGAAUAAAAGAGCAGAUGGAGAUAAUAAUUCAACUUCUACUACAAGUUCAAUAUUUGGUAGACAAUCAUCAUCAUCUUCAAAUAGUCAAUUUUUCCCAAGUUCAUUAUCUUCCUCUAAUGGAUUUUCAUCAAGCGAUAUUAAUGGAUUUUCCAGUUCUAGUUUUGAUGGUUUUGAAUCCAGUUCUUCUUCAAGUUUUUCAAGUUCUUCAAGUUCUCAAUUUCAACAAUCAUCUAGUGAAUUUAUACCUAGUUCAUCAACUGAUGAUAAUUCAUUUAGUGAAAGCUCAAGUUCAUCAUUUUCACAACCGGAAGAAACUGGAGAGUCAUCAAUUACAUCAUCAAGUACAUCUUCAUCAUCUUCAACCACUUCAUCAUCAUCAUCAUCAACAACAUCAUCAAGUUCUUCUUCAUCCGAAGAAGAUGAAACUAGUUCAUCAUCCUCAAGUUCAUCUAGAUCAAGUAGUACAACUGGUUCAACUCAAAUUACAACAUUUUCAUCAGUAGAUGAUGGAAGAACAGUUGUUGUAACUAGAACUUCAAUUAUAUCUUCAUCAGAAACUGGAAAUUCUUCAAAUAAUAGAGAUUCAAAUAAUGGUGGUGGAUUAUCACAAACUAAUAAAAUAGUAGUUGGAGUUGUUGUGGGAGUUGGUGGUGCUAUUAUAGUUGGUUUAUUAGGAUUAUUAUAUUAUUUAAAAAGAAGAAAUAGUAGAGAUUAUGAAAAUGGAUCAUGGACAUUUUGGAGAAAGAACGAAAAAUUAGGUAGUGAUGAAUUUUUUAAUGGUGAAUUGGGUGUUAGAGAUAGGAAUAUUAACCAGGGGUCCAACUUCUAA